AAUACUGUUUUGGCUGCAACGUUGUCUCAACUCAGCCAGUUGAAAUGGAUGACACUCCCCAUGACAAGCAGCAUCUUUGUCGUGUUGGUGUCUCGACUGGGGACAAACCAGUGGGAAGCCUUGGAGAAAGCUCCUGCAGCUUUGGAUAUGGAGGGACUGCAAAGUUUUCAACUGAAAACGACUUUUUGGAUUAUGGUGAAAAGUUUGGAGUUGGUGACACGAUUUUCUGUGCUGUUGAUCUUGAGAGUAAGCCCCUGGCGUCCAUAGGUUUCUCAAAGAAUGGUAAGUGGCUGGGAGUUGCGAAGCAGUUUGAUGCCAGUGGGAUGGGUCUUGGAGUGGAUACUGCAGCAAGUAAUGUACCGUGGAAAUCAGCGCUCUUUCCGCACAUACUAUUGAAGAAUGUUGAAGUAGAGAUGCACUUUAGUCUUGAAGAUGGAUUGGUUCCCGAAGAUGGUUUUAAGCCUUGGGCUUGUGCAUUUGAGGAUCAGAAGGCCAUUCUGGGUCCUGCUUUCUCUGAUAUUAGCUGCUGUGAAAUAAUGAUGAUGGUGGGAUUGCCAGCUUCUGGAAAAACUACUUGGGUUGAGAAAUGGAUCAAAGAACACCCUGAGAAGCGAUAUGUGUUGCUUGGAACCAACCUUGUUUUGGAUCAAAUGAAGGUUCCUGGGCUCAGGCGUAAGGAAAACUACGGUGAAAAGUUCGAUUGUCUGAUGGACUGA